GGGGGAUGCCUUGUAGGCAAGAGGAUGAGGAAGAGCAGGGUCUGCCGGAUGGUGCUGGCCACUUGCCUGGGCUCUUUGCUCCUGGUCCUCUUCUACUUCCAGAGCAGCCUGAACCCAGCUGCAGAGGACAGGAUUCUGAAGACCAGCUGGCAUGACAAGUCUGGUCAAAGUCCACUUCAGACUCUUUAUGAUAUCGACAGGUUUGAGCUGUCUUCCCUGCAAGCUACUCACCAACAGAGGCGAGACCUUUUAAGUAGAGUGUGUAAUCGCUACACUCGCAAGCGGCGCCUCCUAACUUCUGAUGACUUGCGACACUUGGUGGUUGAUGAUGUUCACAGCCUGCUCUACUGCUAUGUCCCCAAGGUGGCCUGCACUAACUGGAAACGAGUCAUGAUGGUCUUGACGGGGCGCGGCAAGUACCAGGACCCUUUGCACAUCCCGGCCAACGAGGCUCACGUAUCAUCCAACCUGCGCACCCUCGCCGAGUACAGCACUCCUGAGAUCAACUACCGCUUGCGUAACUACCUCAAGUUCAUCUUUGUGCGGGAACCUUUCGAACGGCUGGUCUCGGCCUACCGCAACAAGUUCACCCGUAACUACAACACGGCGUUUCACAAGCGAUAUGGGACCAAGAUCAUUCAGCGGCAUCGACAAGACCCGAGUGAGGAAGCCAUGGAGCGUGGCCACGAUGUACGUUUUGAGGAGUUUGUGUACUACUUGCUGGACCCGCAGACGCAGCACGAGGAACCUUUCAAUGAGCACUGGGAGCGGGUGCACUCCCUUUGCCACCCAUGCAUCAUCCACUAUGAUGUAGUAGGCAAGUACGAAACAUUGGCAGAGGAUGCCAACUACAUCCUGCGACUGGUUGGGGCUGACGCAGGCGUCAAAUUCCCAUCCUCCUCCAAGACCACCAGGACCAAUGAUGACAUGACAGCUAAGUUCUUCCAGAACAUUAGCCCCUUUUACCAAAGGAGACUAUUUAAUUUAUACAAAAUGGAUUACUUGCUCUUCAACUACUCCCUUCCUUCUUAUUUACGCAUCCGGUGAGGCUGGUGACAGGAGAUCCUGCACCUCCCUCUCCAUUUUAGACUUCUGCUGUCAGCCAAAGAU